CUGUACACUCAUGCCUCAUAUUGAAGAACAGAGCAGCUAACUUAGAACGGCUGCUUUUAUUUCACACACAGCUGUAGGCUCUACCUGGGACUUCACAUGGGGUCAGACUGAAAGCUUGAAGAGGAAAGUGUCAGUGGUGGAGCGUUUAACAACAUUCAGCUUUCAGCUCAAGCCCUGACACUCUGCUGUGAGCGAUGGAGGAAGAAUUUACACCGCUAGACUGCCUUUUGUCUCCAGGCACCCAGAAGAUCGCUCUGGUGAUCCUAAAUCAGCCGCCGGAGCCACGCGUCCUCCAUGUGCUGUGGAACAAAGCGCUGAUCCGGGCGUGUGCAGACGGAGGAGCGAAUCAUUUAUACCAGCUCACAGAAGGCCAGCAGGAACGUUUUCUCCCAGACUACAUAAACGGAGAUUUCGAUUCCAUUACGCCUGAGGUGAAGAAGUUCUAUUCAGAACAGGGGUGCAGGAUGAUUGAAACAUCUGACCAGGAUCUGACAGACUUCACUAAGUGCCUGGCCAUCAUGGUGGAGGAAAUCGAGAAGCGAAAAUUACAGGUGGACACGAUAGUGACGCUGGGGGGGCUGGCCGGACGCUUCGAUCAGAUCAUGGCCACCGUCGAGACGCUCUUCCACGCCCGGGAGAUGACGCAGCUUCCAGUGGUGGUCAUCCAGAAUUCCUCUCUGGCGUUUCUCCUACAGGAGGGAAGGCGGCACCGGCUGUGUGUGGACACGGGUUUGGAGGGCGAAUGGUGCGGCCUGAUUCCGGUGGGUGGCCCCUGCCUGACCACCACCUCUGGGCUCAAGUGGAACCUGGAUAACCAGGUCCUGGAGUUCGGGAGGCUCGUCAGCACGUCGAACACGUACGAGCAGCACGGCGCCGGCGGGGGCCGGAAACCCGUCACCAUCGGCACAGAUAAACCUCUUCUCUGGACCAUGGGUAUUAAAGACGUGAAAGACAUCUGAAGGACACCAAGGACUGACCGAGAUGUGCCUCGCUGUGCCAACCGCAUGCCGUUUUUACUUUUUAAACAAAAAUCUAGUCGACUAGUUCUUUUAUUUUGAUUUAUUAACACGGCCAAAACAUUUUACCCAACAGAAAAAAAAAACAGAAAGAAAAACUGAUUUACAAACUCCGUCCCAAUCCAGCGCCCAACGUUUCCUCCGUCCCAAUAUUUUCAGACGAUUCAACCACCACUGCAAGAGAUAAAAUAAAAAUGAAACCAGAUUAGAGUUAUCCAACAGUUCUACCAGCCAAGAUUGUUUAUUUUCCCUUAUGUAUUUAACUUUUUUUAACUAGAAAAACGGCUUAAACAUUUAACCGUGAGCUUUAUUAAUAAACCCGUCACGCGGCAGAGAAAAACUG